AUGCCAUCUGCAGAGACGAUACGACCUAUCGACAGAGGAUGGGCCUGGGUUGUACUAGCUGCCUCUACUGUACACUUCUUUAUCUUUGUGGGCUUCGUCAAAAGUUUUGGGAUAUUUUUCGUAGCGUAUUUGAAGAAAUAUGACGCCACUUCCUCUGGCAUAUCACUAGUGAUCUCCAUCCAGACAAUCAGUAGCACUCUCUCAUCGGUCAUUGUUCUAGGAAUAGGGACCAGAUUCUUUACUGAGCGAACAUUAGUCAUGUUUGGUGCUUUCCUAACGGCGGUGUCGCAAAUUGGCAGCGCAUUCGCUUCCAGUGUUGGGGUUUUGAUGGCAACACAAGGAGUUAUCUUUGGUAUUGGUGUUGCAAUGUCACAACUUGCACUUGUGUUGAUUUUGUCCCGAUAUUUUGAGAAAAAAAGAGGAUUUGCAAACAGUUUUGCCAACGUUGGAGGUAGCAUAGGGGGAUUACUUUGGCCAAUUUUACUAAAAAUCUCGAUGGACUAUCUUGGACUGUCUGGAACAUUGUUAAUAGUCAGUGGAAUGUUCCUACAAGCCAUUGUUUGUGGGGCAUUAAUGAGACCUUUACCAUCAGAGGGCGGUAAAAUUCAAACAUUAGAGGUCAGAGAUGAUGAUGACACAGGAAGUGCAAUUGAUAAUGACACAAAAGACCAGAAUGUGUAUGAAAAAUCAAAUGGAACAUAUACUCUUCCAAAUAGUAAGACUCAUGGACACAGACCUAAUGGUCCAGUGGUUGGUAGAAGAAGAACACAGUCGGAAAACAUUAUGGAAACUAACAAAGUGUCCAACCUUCUUCACAGAACAGCUAUAAGUACCCAUGAUCUACAAGAGGAUUUUAAAAAGUUGUACUUAUCUCCGUCUCUACAGACUAUGGUAGUUUGGUCCUCAGUUGAAAAAAGAGGGCCAUCUACUCGUCACCAAUCAAAAGAGAAAACACAGUUUAACGAAAAUGCUAACCAAUUUUUUAAUUUUGCAUUAUUUAAAAAUCCACUGUUUUACGUAUUUACGGUGAGUUCUAUUCUGAACAUUUCCGCUGCUGGACUGCCUGUCAAUUAUAUACCCCCGCUGGCACGUGACUGUGGAUUGACAGAUGAAAAAAUUGCUCUUUUAGUCACUAUUUGCGCUGCUUGUGACCUUGUCAAUAGAAUCGGUCUGACAUUCAUUGCUGAUAGCAAAACUUUGAAGCGGCACCAAAUUUUAGCCAUAACAAUGCUACUGAAUGGAUUGUCUUGUAUGUUCGUACGAUUUUAUGAUGACUUCUACACUCUGAUUAUAUAUUCUGUGUUGCAUGGUUUGUUUGGGCAGACCUACUUCUCCUUGUUUCCGGCUAUAAUCGUAGACUUUUUAGGAUUAGAUAAUCUGCGUCAUGGUCUCACCACCAUUACAGUUACUUUGGGAAUCUCAGUUUCAAUGUCCACUGUUUUAAUUGGUGAAUUACGGGAUUAUACCGGAUCCUAUCUGACUUCUUUCUACUUUAUGGGGGCUACAGCUGUGUUAGGGGGUUUUGUACUGUUGAUGGAGCCCUUUGGACGUAGGAUGAUGGUGAAUAAAAAGAAGGAUGGGGACAGUAAAGAAAUGCAGCCCAUGAUGGAUAAACCUGAUCAAAUAAAAUAAA